CUGUGUUUUGUUGAUAGGGUCACCAUUUUCUAUCUCAUUUUCUUGUCCAAUUUUUUUGGUUUGCAGAGGAAGAGGAAGAGAAACCAGAGAGAGAAAACAUCAUUCUUUUCUCUCUUCUUUGUGUUUCUCUCUUUUCCUUUUUGACAAAAAAGAUUUUGGUUUUUGGGGGGUGGAUUUGAGGGUGUUUUUUGUGUGGAUUGAGUUGUGUUGUGGAAGUUGGAAUUAGCAGCAGAUAUGAACAUGAUGAGAAGGUUGAAGAGCAUUGCUUCUGGGAGGACUUCCAUUUCAUCAGAUCCUGGAGGGGAUUCUACUACGAGAAGAACUAGGUAUGACCAAGAGGCUGAAGAAAAGGUCAUUGUGGAAUGUAAUCCUGUUGAGAGAUGUGACAGAGAUCAUGAGCAGGAUGUAAGUGCAUCAAAAGAAACUACUGCUGGCACAUUUGAAUCCAAUGUUUCGACGGUGGCUAGAAUAGAUAAGUCAGGUCAUGAUCAGCUUCCAAAAGAAUUACAUGAAACGAAAAUUAGAGACGAUAAACCAAAAAGCAAUGAAAAGGAUAUUGAGGCAACUGUUGUGAACGGUAGUGGAACAGAAACGGGUCAAAUAAUUACAACUGCUAUUGGAGGUCGAGAUGGACAACCAAAGCGGACAAUCUCAUACAUGGCGGAACGUGUCGUUGGUACCGGUUCUUUUGGCGUUGUCUAUCAGGCUAAAUGCCUUGAAACUGGUGAAGCGGUUGCGAUAAAGAAAGUUUUGCAAGACAAGAGAUAUAAGAACAGGGAGCUCCAGGUUAUGCGCAUGCUUGACCACACAAACGUUCUUAAACUAAAGCACUGUUUCUAUUCAACGGCCGAAAAAGAUGAGUUGUACCUUAACCUAGUUUUGGAGUAUGUACCUGAAACUGUCUACAGAGUUUCAAAGCAAUAUGUCAGGAUGCACCAACAUAUGCCUAUCAUUUAUGUGCAACUGUAUACUUACCAGAUAUGUCGCGGUUUAAAUUAUUUGCAUCGUGUAAUUGGAGUUUGUCAUCGUGACAUCAAACCCCAAAAUCUAUUGGUUAAUCCCCAGACUCAUCAGUUGAAAGUGUGUGAUUUUGGGAGUGCAAAAAUGCUGGUUCCGGGUGAACCCAACAUAUCAUACAUAUGCUCGCGGUAUUAUAGAGCUCCAGAACUUAUAUUUGGGGCAACAGAAUACACAACUGCUAUUGAUAUUUGGUCUGCUGGUUGUGUUUUGGCUGAGCUUCUUCUAGGACAGCCAAUGUUUCCUGGAGAUAGUGGGGUUGAUCAAUUAGUAGAGAUCAUUAAGAUCUUGGGAACACCAACCAGAGAAGAAAUAAAGUGCAUGAACCCAAAUUACACCGAAUUUAAGUUUCCUCAGAUUAAAGCACACCCGUGGCACAAGGUUUUUCACAAAAAGGUGCCUCUUGAAGCAGUGGAUCUUGUGUCAAGAAUGCUUCAGUAUUCACCUAAUCUACGAUGCUCUGCUUUGGAUGCAUGUGCACACCCCUUCUUUGAUGCUCUGCGAGAGCCCAAUGUAAGCUUGCCGAACGGGCGAGUUCUUCCUCCUUUGUUUGAUUUCUCAGCUCAAGAACUGGCAGGCGCACCCGACGAGUUGCGCCGGCGUCUCAUUCCUGAGCAUGCGAGUUCUUGAGGGCACUGUAGAGUUUUUGGAUGAAUAGAUAACCACACUGGCAAUGCUACCUUCUCUAACUGUCCAGGUCUCUGCUAUCCAAGCUUGCACAAGCUAUGACUAUACAACUCAUGAAACUCGAAAAACAUGUAACCUCUUUAACAAGGACCUGCAGAUGACAAUCACAUGGAUGAAGUAGGACUUUCCUUGUGACAAGGUUGCAUCCAAUUUUUUAAGUAGUUUAUGAUUGAUGUAUGCCUCCAUUUUAUAACUUAAUGAGUUCUUACAAUUCUUUACCCAUGUUUCAUAUAGUUCAUCUGUUUUGGUCCUCAAAAGGGACAUGUAUGUGGAAUCAUCAGAUGAGUAGGCAUCUUUCCACCCCUGUAUCUAUAUUUUGUUUCUUUUUUUUUUUUCUAAGGAAAAAAAACUUCAUUUCUUUAUUAGGCAUGUUCCUGCCAAGUCAUUGUAAAUUACAGUUCUACAUUGUUUAAAGCUCCGCAUGAACUUGAUUAGCAAGCACCUCCAGUGAACUUGAUAUACAUAUUGGAAAUGAAUCAAUUUUCCAAUAGUUUA